UGGUGGGUGGAAAAUCACUUCCUUCCCCAUAGCCAUCCUCCCCACCCCUUUCCUCUUCCCCAAUUCCCAGCUAGGGAGGAUGGCACAGUUCAGUCAGCUCUGGCUUCUCUCAGAUGGACUGCAUGGCUCCUUCUAGCAGGAGCUGUAUGGCAUUGAGUGACUACCAUAAAAUGGGCUGUCUUCACCAAAGACCAAAGGCUAAGCCUUGAAAACAUGAUUCUUGCAGCUUUUCAUGGGGUCCUGAGUGCUCUGUAUUUAUGCUGCCACAGAAAGAACUGGUUACACUCAGAGGAGGAACACAGGGAAGUGUAUCCAAAGGACUGAAAUGAAUUUGCAGCUAAAGGAUCCACAUCAUGAAUAGAUAUACAACUAUCAAACAGCUUGGCGAUGGAACAUACGGCUCCGUCCUCCUAGGGAGAAGCAUUGAAUCCGGAGAGCUAAUUGCCAUCAAGAAGAUGAAGAGAAAAUUUUAUUCUUGGGAAGAAUGCAUGAAUCUUCGAGAAGUUAAGUCUUUGAAGAAAUUAAACCAUACCAAUGUGGUGAAAUUGAAAGAAGUUAUCAGGGAAAAUGAUCAUCUGUAUUUUAUAUUUGAAUACAUGAAGGAAAACCUUUAUCAAUUAAUGAAAGAAAGAAACAAACUCUUCCCUGAAUCAAUGGUUAGGAAUAUUAUGUAUCAGAUCCUGCAAGGGCUUGCAUUUAUCCAUAAACAUGGGUUCUUUCACAGAGACUUGAAACCUGAAAACCUCCUUUGCAUGGGACCAGAACUUGUGAAAAUAGCAGACUUUGGCUUAGCCCGAGAAAUCAGAUCCAGACCGCCUUACACAGACUACGUAUCUACAAGAUGGUAUAGGGCUCCUGAAGUUCUCCUGAGGUCCACCAGCUACAGUUCCCCCAUUGAUAUCUGGGCUGUUGGUUGUAUAAUGGCAGAAGUUUACACAUUGAGGCCUCUUUUCCCAGGUGCCAGUGAAAUCGACACUAUAUUCAAGAUUUGCCAAGUGCUUGGAACUCCAAAAAAGAAUGACUGGCUUGAAGGCUAUCAACUUGCAUCUGCCAUGAAUUUCCGUUGGCCCCAGUGUGUACCUAACAACCUGAAAACACUAAUUCCUAAUGCAAGCAGUGAGGCGGUUCAGCUUAUGCGAGAUAUGCUACAGUGGGACCCCAAAAAACGACCAACGGCUAGUCAGGCACUUCGAUACCCAUACUUCCAAGUUGGGCGUGCCUUGGGCACCUCUCACUGCAUUCAGGAUCUGGGAAAACAUCAGAAAGAGCUCCAUGAUAAACCAGCACAGCACCACAUUAAACCUGCUCCUCCUGCACAGCCUCCCCCAAAACCCCAAGCCUGUCUUUCAUCCAGAGCAUUUCUGCAAAGCCAGUCUUCCCAGCACCUGGUGUACCCAUAUAAAAUUGAUGCCUCAGUGAGUGAUCAUGUAAGAGAGGACAAGUCUAACCAGGUGCUUCUGCCAGCAAUUCACAAUAAGGUUCCUCAACAGAAAAUUCCAGAUGGGGUAGAGAAUACAAAUGGUGAACUGAAACCGAAGCCUCGGCAAAGAUGGGGUCACAUUACUAAAACAGUGAAAGGGGCUGAAGAUUGGGAUGAUUUGGAAGACCUGGAUUUUAACUCUUCCCUCAGCAAAACUGAUUUGAAAAACAAGAAAAGACAGACCAAUGAAGGUCUUUGUAGAUUUGAAAGUAUUUUGGAUCUGAAGCCUUCAGACAGUGUAGGUUCUGGCAGCAGUGCACCUUCCCAUGCUACCUUUCCACGGCAAGACACCCCUACAUUACAUGUUUCUGCAGCCAAACAGCAUUAUUUGAAACACUCUAGGUAUUUACCUGGAAUAAGCACAAGGAAUAGCAUCAUCUCCAAUUCAAGCAAAGAUUCUAUUUCAUCUAAUCCUUGGCCCAGUUCUGGUUUGCCUGGGAAAGUAUCAGGUGUGGUAGGAGGUGUCAACAGGAUGAGUUCAGGGCCCACAGUUUCAAAUGGCCUGACUGGCAGUUAUAUCCCUUCGUUUCUGAAAAAGGAAGUAGGCUCUGCUGGGCAGAAGGUUCAGUUAGCUCCGCUUAUGGAUCCAUCCUCAAAUUACGCUAGCCUGAAGACUGUCAGAUCUCAUAUUGGGCGACCGUCAUACAGUACAUCUUCAAAGAGCACCCCAGGGCUAAUGCCACUCCCCCCGUCAGCUCAACCAAUCCAUGGGCGGAUUGACUGGUCUUCAAAGUAUGGAGCUCACCGGUGACUUGCAGAAAGCACUUUGUGUUGAAUUAACAUGCACUUCCUCUGAAAUGGUGACUAAUGUUAGACAAUUUGCCAUGACUGAAGAUCUCUUAUCUUCUAUGAGCAAGAUAUUUCAAGACUUAUUUUUUUUUAGUAAUUAAUUUCAAUGCAAUCUUGUACCUUUUUGUAUAAAAAUGUUUUAUUAUAUGAUUAGAUCCAAUUAUUUUCUUAAAUUCAGUACAUUUUGUAUAUGUGGCUUGGGGUUUGGGGGCAUUUUAUACAGUAAGCUUUUUAACAAACUUUUUUAAAAUUAAAAUUUUUCCUUUAGUGGGUCCAAACAUUUUAUACAAGCAAAUAAUUUUAGCAAACUGGUGCAGUAUUGUGACAAAGGUGCAGUGGCAAGAAGGGGGCAUUCACUGAAUCUUGUGUUGUGAACAUGUCUAAGCUCUGAAUGUUGUAUACUAGACAAAGGGUCAGUGAAGCUUCAUUAUCUUAGCAUUGUUAUAGACCCAUCCUGUAGCAUCUAGAUACUAGUGUUUUGCUCUCACUUGCUUUGCACUGACAUCAAAUCAGUGACCAAGGGCCUAACCUUGCUCUAUUUUGAAGCCAAAGUGUCCUAAAUUAGUAGAAAGUUUAAUUAUAUUGUAGCUUUCUCAGGCUUUUGUUCACAUACUUUUCUCUGGACUCUGUGCUUUGUCUCAGUUUUGUAGUUCUUGGUCCAAUCCUGCAGUGGGCAAAAUCCCCACUGGCUGCAAUGGGCAUUUGGCCUGAAGGAAAACAGCUUCUACUUUUCUCCCUCACAUUAGGCUUAUGUUUGGGAUGUGAUUUGCCAGAUUAUUUUUGGCAGCUAGAAUCCUAUUGUUCACCAAAGAGUUUUCUGCAGGCUUAACUUUUUUGGUGUCUGCUUGACUCUCCUGAAUAUGCAGCCUCAAACAUAGUUUGGCUCUGGGUAGAGAAGAAAGUAACAUGAUAGAGAAAUUAGAAGAAAAAUCAACAGGUAAUCAACAAAGGGAAGCUGCUAGAAGGUGCGGGUAUAAAAUGGAGGGGGGAUUGUCCAUUCAAUUGUAAACUUUUGGCUUAAAAAAACCCCAUGUGUAUGAUAAGGGUCCUAUUCCCCUUCUUACAAAGUGAUUAGACAGGAAAUCUGAUCUGUCCUGGGAAGCCUUGCCUGAUCUCUUCUCAUGGAGAGUAAAGAAAUUGGGAAUGGCUGAAUAGUAAUAUAUUUUUUUUAGUGGCAAUUAACAACACUAAUUUAAAAAUUACACCUGCCUGCUAACAGAGCUGUGAUGUUGGUGCUCAGUAAGGAAGUAGAACUGAGCCAUCUUGAAGUAAACAGCACUAGGAGCAUGUAUUGAGGGGCAUGUGCAAGUGGGAAACAGGAUAAAAGUGUAUACUUAAGUGUCUUAAAACCAUGGAGACAGCAAUUCUGUGGAAAUCAAAACCUGUAUUUUAUAUUUAGAUAUAAUUUAAUUUAUUUAUAUCUGAGGAAUUUAUGCUAACAAUGGAGAUGUUGGACCUAUCCAAAUCUUUAUUCAAAUCUGUCUCUUUCUAAACUGAGUCUGUUGUCAUGCAAUUACAUGCCAUAAAUUCUCAUAAAUGGUAGUGGGAAUUACAUAUGCAUAUCCCAGUCAGAAUAGGCCACUUGGGGUAUGUCAACACUGGCAACAGUUUGCCUGAAGUAGGACAGCCCAAACUAGGGCUUCUCAGGCAUGCCUGAGAGUGACCCAAGGGACAAGCAUGGAGUGGUUUCUUUUAACAUAUUUCCAUGACUGGUGCAUGUAAGUGGGAGUGGGUAGAUGGAACAUGCUCAGGAACCAUCUUGCCCUGAGUGUGCUCCUGCCACAAGUGUAGACACCUCCUUUAAACCUCCUUCACAGUGUAGACACCUCCUUUAAACCCAGUCCAUCUUCAGGCAAGCAGUAAAUGAUCUGAAGAACGGCUUCAAGAUUAGGGCAAGAGAUCCGCAAGACAGGUUGUAAAGUUAGUAGGUACACAGAAAGGAUCUGCCUGUAAAUCUCUGCAGUUUCAGGGAAGUUCAUGUUUAAAAAGUUGCCCAUGCUAGUUUGAACUUUAAACAGAGGCAAUGCACAUUUAACUAAGCAAACCUCCUGUCUGCACAGUUCUGUCGUCUUCACUUAGGGAGAUGCCUGCUCAAGUCAAUGAGAGGUUUUGUUUGAAUGAGGACUAUGUGGUUGAAUUAUUUUUUAAUAUAUUUUUUUCUCUGUGUGCCAUUUAGAUGGAGAAGUGUAGGCUACAUGUUACUUUAAAAUCUGACCUAAAUCAGUAUAUUUCCAUAAGAACUUACAUAUACAAAACAUUACUUAACCUCUAGCAAACUCUGCAGCUAUGCUAAGUGUAUCUUUUAAAUGUUAAAAUUAUUUUACCAUUUGCCAUUUCUCAAAUGCAUAUGUUAUAUGUAACACAAAACCUUUCAUAUGAAGUCAGAUCUCACAUUGUCAUUACUUGUAAGGAAAUCAAAAUGAUAUAUCUAACUCAAGUGUGGAGAAAUAGAGUGAAAAUAGCCCCAAAAUGCCGUUAGGCUGUUUUCACAUCUGUUAAUACUUUAUUGAAACAGUUUUCUCUUCAUUUUAUGGAAAUAUAUUUAUUUGAAGAGUGUGUCUGAAUGUACGGGAGAAGAAGGGGAUAGAAUUACCACAUUGAAAUGAAAAUUUAGCAAAUGUUGUAUUUUAGGUUUUGUCACUGCUUUGUUGUGUAAAAAGGUUUGUUUCAUUCCUUCUGUGUAAAUCCUGCCCAGAAUAAAGUUACUCUUGAAGAGAUGUA